CGGCGCCUGCUCGGUCUACCUCGGUCAGCUGUUUCUCUCACCUCCUGGGACCGAGGCUGACUGCUACCUCCCCCCCACCGGUAGGCCAAUGGUUGUAUCACCUCCUACGCUUACAGUACCUCCGAUAAGAUGGGUUAGAAAGUUUCUUUGGAGCGUCAAGAAGUGCUGCUGCUGAUUUUCUAGUCUUCAGAUCUUUGACCUCACGGGAUACAGAUAAGAGAUACUGAAGAGGGGAUUCCCGGGUCUCACCUACUUCAUCUAUCUAUCCAUGCUGCCUCACACUCCUUAAAAACAGCUUCCUGGAGUGAUCUUGGCUGCCUGGAUAACACUCGUUGUAUUUCCCCACCUCACUCACCACAGUCACCAGGCUCUCAGAAUGACCGCAACAGCAAAUGAAACCGGCGGUGGAUUCCUGCGCACAAGGCUCAGAUCUGCUCUUCACACCUCAAAUGAUCUCUUAUCUGGCAUAUCCUCUAACAUCUCCUCCCGCCUCUCUGUAUUCUCUGCCGCAUCAGGAAAUUCCAAUGCAUCAUCAGAACGAACUCCACCUAUACCAGAAAAGCCCCCAAGUACCCCUCCACUAAAGCUUCCUCCAAGCCCUGAAGACAGUCACCGUUCUCCUACUAUGAAGGAGAUGAUCAAGGAAACUUUCAAACUUGAAAACCUUCGUGAACUUCGACCAACAUUGGAGGAACUAAUGCAGUCAGAAUCAUCAUCUGAGCCAUCCACGCUGCCCACCAACACCCCAGAAUCACCCAAAACAGGUUUCCGCUACCACUUCAAUAAUUUCAAUCAGGCCAUUCCCAAGAAAUUGGUUGAUUAUAAACAACUUGCAAUGAGAACUCUAAGUGGAGACACAGGUGAGGCGCCAGGGGAAGAACCCCAUGAGCUGAAUACCUGUGCCAUCAACGUGGAGUGUGUUGACGACAAGGAUGACAAGGAUGCCGAGGCAGAAGAAGCACGGAAUGUUGUGGAGGGAGCGAGCACCUGCCUUUCAUCACGUUCCUUCAACUCGAUGCACUCGCUCUAUGCAACAGGACCAGACCCUUAUGACAAGUUAAAGUUCAAGCCUGACAUCAUCAGCAGUGGAUCCCCGAGUGAAGGAGAGGGUCUGGGACACUCAACGAGCCUCGACUCCACCGACUCAGAUCCUCACAAAAAACUGUGGAUCAGAUCAGAGGGCCUAUCAGGAUCACAGACUUCAUUACAGUCUUGGGCUUCCAGUCUAUCAUACGACAGUCAGGCAGAAGAUUUUAACGAGCCAAAGGAGUUCAUGUGAAGUUUGUGGAGGAAGUUUACAAGACGCCAGACAUUAUUGAUGUGGAUAGGAAAGCUCGUUUUGGAGAGUUGGCUCAGACUGAGCAAGGCAGAUUAUGGUUUGCACGUUGCAUUAACGCCAAGCGAUGCUGCAAGUGUGUCACAGAGGCCACCUUCUUCUCACUCAUUCAACACUUCUGUUAUGUUGUUCGAGUGUAACGAGGCAGAGGAUUUUUCCCCUGCCAAGAGCCUCAUGAACAUGUGCUUUACCUAUUACCAUGAAGCUAUGACACCAGGAGGACAGAAUCGGAGUAAGGAAUUUCUUUAUUCCUAUCUCCGGCAACAACCAAUCUGGAGGUCCAUACGCUUCUGGAAUGCUGCCUUCUUUGAUGCCCUCCAGUGUGAGCGUUCCUGCGACCUGUGGUGACCCGAGAGGAGGUAGAGAACAACAGACUACAAGCUGUCACAGAUGAACUCCAUUAUCAAGAGAACAUUACUUUUGG